UGAUUUUUUUUGUUUCCGCUCUCUUUCCAGUACGGUCUACGGCAGCUGGAUCUGUCGUUGCUGUCUCAGCUGUGGGCUCUGAACGAAUCCAUCCAGGACUUCCGGAAGAUGCUGCAGGAACAGGAGACCCUUUCGCCUCCCUCGCCCUCGCCGUCCAACUCAGAUGUCAAUUCGCUAUCGUCGGACGAGGAAGAAGACGAUUCAUCCACGACCCAGACGGCCUCGGUCGGUGCCGCAGGAUCAGGAGGAGGAAUGCUACCGAUCGCUUCGAGUGGCCAUCAUAACAACCUCAUAGAAUCUGCCGUGGCCGCCGUAUCUUUGCUCAGCUCUAGCCAAUCCAGUCGGAUGAGGGCCCCUCCACCUCCCCCACCCAAUCGAAAAGCUCCCUCGAGGCCGGUGUAGGUUAGCCCGAAAAAGGAAAAAAAAAACACUUCGAAAGCCCUGUCUAGGUAUUCCAAAAAAUGAACAAAAAUUAAACGUUUAAAAGGAUAAAAUAAUAGUUACUCUUUCUCAUCUCAAGCGCUAGCCAAUACAUUACAUAACAAACGAAGAAAAAAAAGUUUCACCCCAAACAUACAAUAAUCGAAAAACAAUUCAAUUCAAUUCGUAUCGUUAUUCGAACGAUCCGGAAAAUCGAAUAAAAACGGAUCUAAAAUAAAAGAAAAAAAAUCCAACUGAUAUGGAUCGUGAGAAGGAGUCAAUCAACAAAGGUCUGCCCUCAGUAGUGAUACGGAAAAUCUAUAGAUACAAAAAGAAACAUUAACGUAAAAAAAAAACGAAAACAAAUCAAACGCAAGUCAAUCUUAACCUAGGUCAAGACAACGUCAAUGUCUGAAUUGUACGGUGUCACCGAUAUUUUGGUGGCUUCUAUCUAUCCUAACGCGUAAACGUUUUGCUCCAAACACCUGUUUCUAUAUUCUCUUUUCCCAAAUCCAUAAACCCCUCUCUUUUUCCCACAGUAUAGAUACUUUUCCUGCUACACACCUUCAGUGACAAAUAAAUGUGUUGUACAUAUUAAUUUACGUAAUUGAUUAAAGUUAAAAGAAAUAAACAAAAUGUGACUACGAUUAGCAGCAUAGGGCGAAAAAAUUAGGAAGGUAAUGUGAAAAAACUGAGUUAAGGUACAGUAAAUCGUUGUUCCCAAAAAAUAAGGAGAAAAUUUGUGGAAAG